GCCCUGCUGGCUGUGUCUUCCUAUUGUCCCUUCUGCUGGGGCUCUCAGGUGAGCCCCUGGGGUGAGGAGAGUCCUCCGCGAGGGUAGAGGCUCCAGCCCAGGAGAGGCUGCACAGGGCAUGGGGCGUGGGCCUCCCAUGGCAACAAGAAUCCAUCAUGGGUGUCUCCUACAUUUCUCCUUUUCUCUCCCUAGUCACAGAUGAGGAGGAACCAGAAAAUCUCUUGAAGUCAAUCUGUGGGCGGCCCGCAGUCUCCUCUGGCAUCGCCUCAGGCAGGGAGGCCAACGGGGGGCAGUGGCCCUGGCAGGUCAGCAUCCGCCAGGGCUUGUUUCACGUCUGUGCCGCCACUCUCAUCUCAGAGCGGUGGGUGUUGACGGUGGCGAGCUGCUUCCGGUCUAAGGACACCAGAAAAUACAGUGUAUUGGUGAGGUCGCUUCAGGUCUUUGGUCGCGCAGACUCCAAAAUGACGAUAAUACCUGUGUCCAGGAUUAUUCCCCACCCUGACUUCCAGGAAAACACAUCUAGCGCCAUCGCUAUGGCAGAACUGGCCUACCCAGUUUCUUUUAGCCCUGUUGUCCUGCCCAUCUGCCUCCCCUCAUCUGCAGUCCAGCUGAAGAACUCAACCUCCUGCUGGGUGACUGGCUGGGGCUAUUCUGGGAUAUACCAAUAUAUGAAGCCAUCUUCUAUACUGAAGGAGCUAAAAGUGCCCCUCACUGAUCUCCAGACAUGCAGUGACUACUAUCAGAAAGAAAGCUUGUUGCAUGGAGUCAAGCCCAUCAUCAGUGAAGCUAUGAUCUGCUCCAAGCUCCCUGCGGGGCAGAUGGAUCAGUGUAUAGGCAGUAGAGGAGAUCCUCUGAUGUGUAAAGUGGAGGAUUUCUGGGUCCUGGCAGGAGUGGUGAGCGGGGGAAUCAAACUGCAUCCGAGCCAAUGAACCUGCAGUAUAUACAAACAUCAGUUUCUACAAAUCUUAGAUUGAGAAAUCAGCCAUCUCACAUACUGACUUUUCUGCUACUCCUAGUUUGGACAUCUCUGGGCUCCUCCCUGUUAUACUUCUGCCUCUCAUUUUCUUGGAGCUACCCUAAGCGGAUGAGGUCAACCUGGAAAGCAAGAUCCCCAGUGUUAAUAAAGUUU